CUUUUGGUCUCUUCUUGCUUGCUCACCCUCCCCUCCCCUCCCCUCCCCCCUCUCUCUCCUCCUCCUCCACUGUUCAAGCAGUGCAGGACAAGAAGAGAAAAACUGUCCAUGAAGGAAGCUCCUCCACCUCCUCCCCCCAUGCUUAGCUAGCUCGUAGUCCUUGGUGGUGUGUGGGAGAGGAAGGGGGGAGAGAGGAGAGAGGUCAAAGGAAGGCUGGUCCAUACAUUAGUCCAUCCAUCCACGCAGAAAAAACCACUCCUAGCAGCUCGCUCGCUUGCUUCCUACUACUAGUACUAGUAGUAACUAGUAAAACUCGCAUCCACGGGAGGAGUGGAGUGACCCCUCACUCGCUCGCUCGCUCGCUUUGCUUGCCAAGAACAGCCCCACUGUUCAUCAUCCAUCCUACCAUCCUUCCUUCCUUCCUGCAUCUUGUUGCGGAGGAGGAGCCCAGCAAAGUAGAGGCUAAGCUAGGCAGGAGCAGGAUAUUGUUGCGGAGUAUUUUGCAUUUAUUUGUUUGUAUGUAUGUAUGUAUGGUGUAAUUGAGCAGCUGGCUAGAUUAUGUAUGCUCUUGGAGUUUGCAAGUGGUAUCUUCUUGAUAAGGUCCCCAAGAUCCCACACCACACCACACCACACCAUGCACCUCUCUCUCUCACAUCGCCUUCCUUUUUGUUCUCCACCACCUCUCUCUUUUCUUUUCUUUAGUGUGUGUUGAGAGUCCCGAGAAACACUGAAUUUUGUUGGCGUUGAGUUGGAGGCGCCAUUGGCCUUUUCUUGCCCUCUCUCAUGGUGUCCAUUGUGCAGCUGCAGAGAAGGCGAACAGAAGCAUCAGCAGCAGCAGCGUCAGCGUCAGCGAGAGGCAUCCUUCCGGACAGGGAGGGGAGGAUGGAUCUUUCUGUGCCCCGAGGCGAGUUCCCGAUCCCAAUGCAUCAGCACGCCGCCGCCUCGCCCUACGGGGGCAUCGGCGGCGGGGGCGUCGCCGUCGCCGACCAUGCCAUGGAGCUGCACCACGACCACGCCAACCAGAACGGCCAGUCCCAGGCGCAGGACAUGCCGUCGCCGCCUGCUGCUGCGUCUGAGGACAGCUCCGGGAAGAAGCGCGCGGCGGCCAUUGCCGGCGGAGCGGGAGGGCCGCCGGUCAAGUACCGGGAGUGCCUCAAGAACCACGCGGCGGCCAUCGGCGGCAACGCCACCGACGGGUGCGGCGAGUUCAUGCCCAGCGGCGAGGAGGGCUCGCUGGAGGCGCUCAAGUGCUCCGCCUGCGGCUGCCACCGCAAUUUCCACCGCAAGGAGCUCGACGACUUCGACGGCGACAGCUGCGCCUCGCACGGCUACGGCUACGGCUACGGCCACCACGCCGUCCGCCGCCUGCUCGGCCCGGCCGUGCCGCACCACCACAAGAGCAGCGGGGGCCUCCUCGUCACCGCGGACCACUACGGCGCCUACGCCGCGGCACGCGCGCUCCCUCCGCCGCCGCCCCCGCCGCUGGGACACCACCACCAGAUCAUCAUGCCGCUCAACAUGAUCCAGACGUCCGAGUCGGACGAGAUGGACGGCAGCGGCGGCAUCAUGGGCGACGGCAGAGGCGGGCUAGCCUCGGGCGGCGGCGGCGGCGGCUCCUCCUCGUCCAAGAAGCGCUUCCGCACCAAGUUCACCGCCGAGCAGAAGGGGCGCAUGCUGGAGUUCGCGGAGAACGUGGGGUGGCGUCUCCAGAAGCUGGACGACGCCAUGGUGCAGCACUUCUGCCAGGAGAUCGGCGUCAAGCGCCGCGUCCUCAAGGUCUGGAUGCACAACAACAAGCACAACCUCGCCAGCAGGCCGCCCCCUACCUCGCCCACGCCGCCGCAGUCACAGUCAAUGCCGCUGGCGAUGUCAAUGCCGAUGCCGCUGGGCAUGUCAAUGCCGAUGCAAGUGCCGCCGUCGCAGCCCGGGCCUUCCGGCCACCGCGGCCCCAGCUCCCCGCGCGCGCAGGGGGAGCUCAAGCUCGACUGACGGCACAAAGAAGCCCUGGUGUCCGUCAACGGCGCCACGGUUGCUGAUUCUGCUAGCGUUAGUAAGCCGCAUUGCCAUUAAUUUCACUGUUCCAUCGGCGCGAUCGAUCGAAGCAGAGAGAAGAGAAGAGAA